AUGGUGUCUGCGAACAGAAUCUCCCGGAGACGUGCUCCGAGGAGAUUGGGGGGCCGCCGAAGGAAUCAUCCGAAAACCUUUACUCCGCCGAAAUCGCCUCAGUCCAUCCUAGCUCACGCUCGCAGAAAUAGUCUCACGAGCAGACGUGGCCGUGGAGGGCUCUUCGGUGCCGGUAGUAACAACAGAACAAACCACGCAGAGCGUAAAGUUGGGGGACGGACUUCGAAGUAUUCCAAGUUCGGUUUGAUCCCCCGCUCAACGGAGCCGUUCGAAAAGAACUGUUUUGAAAAGGAACCAUUUGCCACAGGCUAUGUGUUCGUUCCCAAGGGCGAUGUCUAUGUUACUCGCAAUUGUCGAACGAACACGAAGGAAUCUGAGCGCACAGUCUAUACCGUUUUUGACAAGACAGGGAAGAGGACCCUCGGUAUCCGUGUACCAUCUGACGUCUACGCCGAUGUUCUCAAGUCUGCGGCUGCGACCGCUGAGAUGCGCGCCAAUGCUGUCAAACUUCGCGACGAGAAAGACCUGGCUCACUCUCGAAAACUCCUCUGCACUCAAUUCCCAUUAAUGCCCGCGGAAUCUCUGGAGGCGAUUCUCAAUCACGCAUUCCUCAAAGGUUCCGGCCGAGUGGGACGCACGGCGACCAAAUCGGAUGAACGCAAAGCUGAUUUGGCGGUAGAAGCUCAUAUUCGACACACACAUACCCCGUACGAAUCCAUGCUCCAUGCGGGGGCGAGCCGUGAAGAAGCCCGAAACGCAGUCUGGGGAUUGAUCAAAGCCAUCAAGACCGCAUGGGCAGGCGGUGAUUCUCAGCCUAUGGAUGUGCUGGCUCUGCGCAACCGGAUGGUGGAAUCGAAUUGA